ACUUAAAAGCCUCAUUACUUGGACGUUGUUGGGCAAAUUUGGUGAUGCCUUCUUUUGGCUCGAGGAACUACCAUUCAAAAUCAAGCAAGCACAUCCUUUCCCUCUACAACCAAUGUCUCACCAUUCCACAACUCAAGCAAAUACAAUCCCAUCUCAUCAUUUCAGGCACCAUUUCCGAUGCUUAUGCGGCCGGCAAGCUCGUUUCAGCCUUCGCAAACCAUCGUUCCCAUCUCUCUCAUGCUUAUAAACUCCUCAUCCACUCACCUAAUCGCUCCAACUAUAUGUGGAACUCUUUGAUCAAACUCCUCAUUGACAAUAAUGAACCCAUUAAAGCAAUCUCUCUUUACAAAAACAUGUUUGCUUCUGGGUCUUAUCCGAAUAAUUAUACAUUCUCGUUUAUUCUUAGAGCUAGUAAUUGUCUUUGUGAUCUGCCCUUAGGAUUAAUGCUUCAUUCACAGUGUAUUAAAUUGGGGUGGGAAUCUUAUGAUUUUAUCCAAAAUGGAUUAAUUCAUUUUUAUGCUAUGUGUGAUGCGAUUGAAAUGUGUCGUAAGCUAUUCGAUGUAAGUGCGACAAAGGAUGUUGUCACAUGGACUGCGGUGAUUAAUGGGUAUGUAAAAGUUGGCCGCGUUGAAGACGCCAGAGAACUGUUUGAUAGAAUGCCUGAGAGAAAUGUGGUUUCUUGGAGUGCUAUGAUUACUGGGUAUGCUCAAAUGGGGUUCUUUAAAGAAGCUUUGGAGCUCUUUAAUGAUAUGCAGAUGUCUGGGUUUAGGCCCAAUCAUUCUUCUGUGGUGGGAGCACUCUCGGCGUGUGCGUCCCUUGGAGCUCUUGAUCAGGGGAGGUGGAUACAUGUAUAUGUUGAUAGGAAUAAUAUGGAAUUGGAUGUUAAAUUGGGAACGGCUCUGGUUGAUAUGUACGCAAAAUGUGGAUGCAUUGAGAUGGCCAAUCGAGUGUUCGAGGAUAUGCCAUCUAAGGAUGUGUUCGCUUUCACUUCUUUGAUCUCUGCGUUCUCUAAUCAUGGGCAGAGUGAGAGGGCGAUUGAAUUGUUCAAAAGAAUGCAAAGAGAAGAGGUUAAGCCAAACGGGGUCACAUUCAUUUGUGUGCUAUCUGCUUGUAGUAGAAUGGGCUUGAUAGAGGAGGGAUUAGAGAUAUUCGACACCAUGAAAUACCGCUAUGGAAUUGAUCCGGGAAUUGAGCACUAUAGCUGCUUGAUUGACCUCUUAGCAAGAUCAGGGAUGCUACAAGAGGCUGAACAACUGAUGAGAAAGAUGUCAAUGGUGCCUGAUUCUUAUGCUUUGGGUGCAAUGCUCAAUGCUUGUAGGGUAUUUGAUAAUGUAGAGCUGGGAGAAGAAAUUGUCAAACAGUUAAUCGAGAAAGGGCUCGAUUAUAGUGGUGUUCACACACUUCUUUCAAAUAUCUAUGCAUCCGCGGAAAAGUGGGAUGGAGUUAUGAAAGUAAGGGAACGGAUGCAAGAAAAGAUGGUGAGGAAGGUGCCAGGAUGUAGUUCAGUUGAAGUGGAUGGCGUUGUUUCUGAAUUUGGUGCAGGGCAAAUGUGUAACAAGCAGAUGAAAGACAUCAUGUUGCCUUUGCUUCAAAUGGACAAGCACUUACGUUCCUUCCUAAGGGAUCAUAACAAUAUUGUUCUUGCUCCUGAAACUACGUAAUCUACUAAGAGUUGUUAUCAGAUUAUUAGUUGGGUGUUCUUGUAUUUACAGUGAGAUUCGAACCCGAGACAUCCAUUAAACGAUAUCAAACUACUUACCACUUGAGUCGACUCUUGUUGGUAUUCUGUGUUAUACCAUUCAUUUAUAAACCUACUAGAUGAUUAGAUUUAGGUUUGUCACCAGUAAAUCUCACCUCUAGUUUACAAAUUAUAUUAGGACUGUAACUGUGCAUCAAAAGUUGCAGAAAUUAUCUUUUACAAAGGCUAGCCUACUUUAAUACGAGUGAUAUUUAAACAAGAUUCAAAAUUGGUCACUGAUGAAGUCAUUUGGUCAAUGACACUGACAGACUUUUAUGCAUGUGUUGCACUUUAUGUUAGGCUGAUGUAGCUAUCUCCUUCCAAUUAAGAGCUUGGGAAUGGAGAAUGCUAAAUUUACUUGGUAAUCUACCCACUAUAAUUAAUGAAUUAA